AUGAGACAAACCGUCACCUACCGGGACCAAAUUAAGGCGGCUACUGGUGCUGGUUUCAUUGCACGGGACAUAUCAUUUGAGAACUGGGCUGGACCAAGCAAACACCAAGCAGUGGCUCUUCGAGUCGGUGCGGACCACGCAGUGGUCUACCAGUGCAACAUUAUAGGAUAUCAAGACACACUUUACGUACACUCACAACGCCAAUUUUUCCGGGAAUGUGACGUAUACGGAACGGUAGACUUCAUAUUCGGUAAUGCCGCAGUGGUGUUCCAAAACUGCAGCUUAUAUGCACGAAAGCCCAUGGCCACGCAGAAGAACACUAUAACGGCCCAAAACAGAAAAGACCCAAAUCAAAACACAGGAAUAUCAAUCCAUGCCUGCCGGGUCGUAGCAACACCAGAACUCGAGGCCUCAAAGGGCAGCUUCCCAACUUAUCUGGGCCGUCCGUGGAAAAUGUACUCACGAACAGUCUACAUGCAAUCAUACAUGGGCGAUCACAUUCACCCUAGAGGAUGGCUCGAAUGGAAUGCAAACUUUGCACUUGAUACCCUAUACUAUGGUGAGUAUAUGAAUUUUGGUCCUGGAGCGGCCUUGGGGCAACGGGUCAAAUGGCCCGGGUACCGGGUGAUCACAUCAACUGCCGAGGCUAGCAAAUUCACAGUUGCUCAAUUUAUAUAUGGCUCCUCCUGGUUACCUGCCACUGGAGUGGCUUUCUUGGCUGGGCUAUCAACUUAA